UGCUCGCCAGUGAUGCGAAGAGACGGGCUGUACAAUUUCACUAUCAACUGCUUUACGCAAGACACCUCCUCAUCCCUUUCCCGUCCCCACCCAUCUCGACCAGCAUUUGUUUUUAUCGCGAGCGGCAGGUGGGGUUCGGGUCGAAGCCUUGGAACACAAAUCAUGCUUUGUCGAGAGCGGUCGGCUGUGGAAUAUGGUCAGACUGUUGAGCACCUCCCUUCACGAGGGGGACCAGAUCCUUAAAUGACCCACUGCUGAAGGCAUCUUGAUCUAUCGCCCGGAUCAUGGCAUGCUGCUCAUACAAAAUCUCCACAAGCGCGGCGCCGAGGCUCACUCGUGAACAUGGGGAUCAGGUCCAGAAAUGUUAGUAAUGGUUCGGAGGAGCAGAGGGACAAGAAGACAGCUCUACCAGGGGAUUUGGACCAAGGAUCCGGGGCGGAUAAAGAUGGAGCCCUGCUGCUCGUGGCGCCUGGUCGAGAUGAUUUCAAAAGGGGUUCCACAGGAAUUGGACUGUUGGCCAAGACACCUCUGGGGUACACGCGACCCACCAAGAGGAAUAACAUUAGGAAGCGGAGGAUUCAGAACCUUAUCUACGACACGCUCGAGAGACCGCGAGGGUGGGCGCUGCUCUACCAUGCGUUUGUAUUUCUGAUUGUGCUGGGGUGUUUGAUAUUGGCUAUUUUAACAACUUUCAAAGAACACGAAAAGGACUCUGCCCACUGGCUUGUCAUCCUGGAAACCUUCACCAUCUUCAUCUUUGGGGCAGAGUUUGGGCUGAGGAUAUGGGCGGCGGGAUGCUGCUGUCGAUACAAAGGGUGGAGGGGGCGGCUCAAAUUUGCCCGCAAGCCCUUGUGUAUUUUAGACAUUUUCGUGCUGAUUGCCUCUGUGCCGGUGGUAGUGGUGCGUAACCAGGGCAACGUGCUGGCCACGUCUCUUCGCAGCCUGCGUUUCCUGCAGAUCCUGCGAAUGCUUCGCAUGGACCGGCGCGGGGGCACCUGGAAACUACUGGGCUCGGCUAUCUACGCGCACAGCAAGGAGUUGAUCACUGCCUGGUAUAUCGGCUUCCUGUCCCUCAUCCUGGCCUCCUUCCUGGUGUACUUGGUGGAGAAGGACGACGUCACCAUGGACGUGUCUGACCCCGACAACCCCACUGCCCAGCCCAAACCCCAGGACUUUGACACCUACGCAGAUGCUCUUUGGUGGGGCUUGAUCACGUUGACUACAAUUGGCUACGGGGACAAAACCCCCAAAACGUGGGCCGGGAGACUGUUAGCUGGGACGUUCGCUCUGAUUGGAGUGUCCUUCUUCGCUUUGCCUGCGGGCAUCCUAGGCUCAGGCCUGGCUUUGAAGGUUCAGGAGCAGCACAGACAAAAGCACUUUGAGAAGCGCAGGCAUCCUGCCGCCGGACUUAUCCAGUCAGCCUGGCGAUAUUAUGCCACCAAUCCAAUCAGAGAAGAUCUUAUUGCCACAUGGAGAUUCUAUGAGACUAUAAUCUCUCUUCCUUGUUUCAGGAAGGAUAAUUUGGAGGGCGUAUCAAGCCAAAAGUUGACCUUGCUGGAGCGAGUGCGCCUACCCAACUCCCGGCAGUCCAUAGGGAGGGGUAAGCCCAUCAUGCCAGGAAACACAGACUCCAUAGAAGAGAGCCCUUCGAAGGAGGCCAAACCGGCUGGCUUCAGUAACCGGGAGCGUUUCCGCACCGCCUUCCGCAUGAAAGCCUACACGCUGCGCCAGAGCUCUGAAGAUGCUGGAGGCUUGCAGGACCCCGAGGAGAGAGGCUUCCCUCCAGACAUCCUGCUGGAAGAAAUGAUCCCCACUUUGAAGCUGGUCAUCAGAGCGGUCAGGAUCAUGAGGUUCCUCUUAAACAAAAAGCGAUUCAAGGAGACGUUGAGGCCUUACGAUGUGAAGGACGUGAUCGAGCAGUACUCAGCCGGCCAUCUGGACAUGCUGUGCAGGAUUAAAUACCUUCAGACAAGAAUAGACAUGAUCCUGGCCCCUGGACCCCCUCUCACCCCGAAACACAAGAAGACUCAGAAGACACCCUUUGCCUACCCACCUCAACAGUCUCCCAGACAAGAAACCUAUCUAGCCAAAGCAUCCUUGCCGGAUGCUGAUGACCAAAGCAUGAUGGGCCGAUUCGUCAGAGUAGAGAGACAGGUGGAGGACAUGGAGAAGAAGCUGGACUUCCUGGUGGACAUGCACGUCCAGCACAUCGAACACCUCCAGGUGGACUCGGCCGGUGCAGCUCACAUGACCAUGGAUCCCUGUAACCCCACGGGGGGCGACCCCCUCUGCGGCCUGGAUGCCAGGGACGGCCAUGGCUACGCCGAGAUCCGCCGGGUCUUCUUAAACUACAGCGAGACCUGCCCGCACAUGUCUUACCAGGUACCCGUGAGCAAGGUCAUGCCUUACUAUAGCCACCACAAGGAGCUUCGCACUGCUGGGAGGGGAGAAGGGGGAGGAGGGCUGGGGCUGCCUGGGGGUGGGUGCCUACUCCUGGAUCACCAGCACCCCCCGCCCCCGCCCCACCGCCACCCCGGCCCCAUCCGAACCUACACAGAGCGGCCUACAGUCCUCCCCAUCAGCUCCCUGCAGGACUUCCAGAUGGCUGGGCGAGGGGAAGGGGACAGCCCCUGCAUGGAGCAGCUGUCGGCGGGGCUGGGCAGGACCACGGGGCAGGGAGGGGACACGCCGCUCUCCAUGCUCUCGGUGAACCACGAGGAGCUGGAGCGCUCUCCCAGCGGAUUCAGCAUAUCGGGCGAACAGGAGGGGGAGGGGGACCCCACGAUGGGUGCCGCUGGGGAGGAGGGGGGAGGAGAGCAGGCUAGGGAGAGACGCUACCUGGCGGAGGGGGAGACCGACACGGACUCUGACCCCUUUACACCCAGCGGGGGGGCUCUCCCCCUGUCCUCCACGGGGGAGGGCUUUCCUGACUCUGUGUGGAACACCCCUCCAUGAGCCCACCCAAGCCCUUACUGACUCGAACCCCAGAUCUAACUUGACUGAAGGUGAAGAGACAGGCCAUGCCUGGAGAUUUAAGUCGUUUUGGGGUCAAAAACACUUGGUGUGAAGUCAAAAACAACUCCAGUCUGAACAAACCUGGGUAAGAUCGGUUUUUACCUCAGAAUGGUUUGAUGGACUUGGCAUUGUCAUCAACUCUCCCAAGUCUAUUGACACACACUCGACUCAGUGGCAGAGGGAAAGCAGAAGCUUCUCGGGAGCUUACAUAGACAACAACUCACUGUUUGUAUAGUAAACAGACUUUGUACAGUCCACUCACCACAGAAAUUUAGCGAGGAUGAGAAAUAUAUAAACAUUAAUACAACUAUAUAUAUAUUCACCCAAAGCUUUAUCGCUGCAAAGCAAACCGCACUGCAUGUAAUGCAUGCAAUUUUUAGAGGUAGACAUUGCAAAGUUCAGGUAUCAGGUCAAAGAAAACGAGUUUGAAUGGAUACUUAUAAAUGCUAUGCCAUUUUGUAACACUUAUUUUUUUAUAAGAAUUCAUUUUCAUUUUUUUGCAUGGUUUGCAUGAUGAUGCACCAUUUAAGAACGGUUGAGAUUAAUAUUUUUAACCAAAAGUCUCCUGUUUCAUUGUUUUAUACUAGUUGGUUAUUACUAUGGGAGCUUCAACAACAGUGGCAAGUCAAAGAUAAAGCAUUCCAUGAUGUUUGUUUAGCCAUACACUUUGUAGGAAGCUUAAAACAUGUAUCUUCAUUUUUCAAGCUGUAUGCUUCACUGUGAAUCCUUUCUGGAAUUCAAUCUCAAACACUAAAACCCAUGUUCUAUGGCACAUCUUGUCUUUAUUUAAUGCUUUCCUUCAUUGCAUCCAAAAACAAAUCAAUAAAAUAGGAUUUAUAGGCUCAUAUAUAUUCAGAAGUGAAAGACACUGAUAAAAGGUAACUGAUAAACAUGUAAAGGAAACUGGUUGCAGAUGGACAUAGGUAAUGAACUGGGAAUACAGACCUAGGUACAGUAAGUGUUAAUGAACAUUGAUGUCCACACAUCAAUGUAUUUAGCCCAGUCAUAAGGUACUGUAUAUUAAGACAAGACAAAUCGUGUUUGAUAACAGCGAUAACGCCCUUUGGGCAAGCUAAAAGGUUAAAAAGAAAAAAAACAUUUUCAAAUAAAUUCUGAGAAGCUAAAUUGUUGACUACAUUUAAUGUGGGUUAAUUUACAGGGUAGUAUCUAAAAUAAAAUGUUGAAAUGUUUGAUAAAAAAAAGCUAAGUUAGCAAGUAUAAUAAAUGUGGAAAGUUUGCAUUUGGCCAUCUUAAUGUAGGAAGAUGUAUUAAAGUAUUUUAAAUGUCGUCUUACUAACUUGAUAAAAGUAAGAGAAACAUGGCCAAGGAAUUAUGAGGAUUUUCCUCAUAAAUAUCUAAUUGAAGAUGAACAAAGAUCGGUAAAAGUACAACAUGAACAGCAUGCUUCAUUGCGUAGAUACAAGUCCCUUCCGGUUAUCUGUAACCAUUCAAACACAUCAAGCCCAAACAUCGGUCACUUAAUUUAGACAGGCCAUUAACUUUAAGACUUUAACUAUGAAAGUUUUUCAUGUGACAUUCAAUUUAAUAUACAUUCCUAAAUUAGUCAAAUACCAACCUAUCAGGAUGAUUAUCAGCAAUUGGCUGCUGGUUACCUAUUUAUCAGCAUGCGUUGUGAUCAGAUGUGUGAGUGUAGGAACAUAGCGUUCACUAUCUAGCGGUAACACUGGAUCCAUCUGUUUUAACUGUGUUUUGGCUCUCUGGAAUCAUUAUCUUCAUUGUGCCUUCAACAUGUAGUCUACACCAACUGUCAUUCUCCAAUGGUGGAUUUGACGCCACCGACAGAAAUGACACAACAUCUUUUGUGAUUCUACAAUGUCCACAUCUACAUUCCAUGCUGUUUUUAUUGCUCUCGAUGUACACUUAUGUAAGAUUUUCAUUUGAAUACCGUUAAAAUUGAUUUCUUCGAGUCAAAAGGAAUCACUGUAAUUUCUUAACAAAAGCAGGCUGGAUUUUGAUGAGGUAACUAAGUGUGAUUGUUCAUCAUUGUCCACCCACCAAAGAAUGCUGUUUUUGUUUGAGUUCUUAUAUAAAAAGGCAGAUUAUGUAACUUUUUAUCUAAAUUCACCUUUUGUAAACAUUCAUCCCUGAGCUGAAUUUAUUUUCUUUCUUUAUCUCCAUCCUCUUGCUUUUGAUCAUUUACCGUUUAAAAUAAUCAACUGACACCAGACAAAUAUUUAAAAUCUGAAAUAUAUUCUUCAUCAAGUAUUCAUACAGUAGCAUGUCAGCUACGAUCAAUAUGUAUGGAUUUAUAUUUGCACGGCAAAUUACUGUUUUAAACCUUUCAAAAAUCUAUAUUGUCUUGGGGGAAUUUUCCAAAUACAAUAAGAGGUCUUCCAAAAUAUAAAUGUUAGAGGUAAGUUCAAUUCAGUUUGGAACGUCAAACUGAAUUGAGAAAAUUAUGUGAGUCUACUAUGUGUCUGAGUUGUUGUGUGUUUAAGCCUUUGACAUGCUGCAACCAUAGGAACAGGCCUAUAAAAUAGCCAUUUUACUUUCUUAUUAGUUAAUGCAAUCAGGUAAGAUUAUUGAAUCCAGUAAACAACAUACACAACAUACUUUGUGUAAAAAAAAAAAAAAAUAAUAAUAAUAAAGCAAUGGAUUUACCCAAAUCUUUCUAGAAGCCUGUUUGCCAACGUUUUAACCUUUUAUUUGACAACAAGUGGCUGUUCGUGUUAAUCAUCCACAUUGAAGUUAUUGUUUUUGAGACACUGAUCUGUCAUUAAAAAAGCCCAAUACCUACUUGGCAGGUGAAUGAGGGUUAAUAUGUUGACUUGUAAAAGUUGUUUUCACAGUCAGAGAGUCAGCUGAGAGGGGUCGUCCAUGCAUGGCGCAUCAGCAUGGUUGUGAAGUUCUGCUGUCCAGUAUCAGUCACCGUAGCACAGAGCCCAUCGCCCAUUGGGAAACAAUGUUCCAUUACUGCAGCUCAUCUUCAUUUCCUCUCAACUGAUUCCGCUUACAAACUGAUUUCUAACUGGCUUAUUAUUGGCUGUUGUUAAUUCGCCAUCAUUUGGUUCCCAUGCCACCCAACAUGUGCACCUACCCCCAACAUCACAACUUAUGUUUUAAAUGGUAUUUGGUCAUGUAGGCCUACAUGUUUAUAGUCUGAAUAUCAGGCUUCAUAUAUGUACUGUGUUACCCUGUUCCAGUCAGAGAGGGCAGCAGUGCUAGCUACAAUGUCUUGGUUUAUAGAUCAGAUUUGGUUAUUUGUAUACUGUAAAUGCAUACCAUGAAAUGUGCGGAUGUACAUUUGGUACAACCUGUGAUUAUGGAUAUACAACUGCUAUGAAUUAUUUGUGCCUUGCCCUUUUAAAGUAUAAUUUACAGAUCACUUGUUUUUGUUGCUUUGUUUCAAGUAGCUGUUGAUUCUUUUUUACUGUCAUACUCAUGGAAAAACGUUUGGCUUAGUGGCAUAUGAUUAUGAUGAUCGACAGACGAAGACUAGCAGAAUAUACACAACAUUUUUAACUUGUUCAAAGGUGUGGAGACUUUUUUUUUCUGACAGGCAUUCAUUACUAUGACAGUUUUAUGUAGCCAAUUAGCAGAAACUUCAUUGAGGUUAAAACCUUUUCUUUCCCAUUCUCCUACUUUAAAUAGUAUUAUGAUAAUACAACUGGUAACACAUUACUUUGAGUUUAUCUGACUGAAUAUGUAACAACAGAGUAAUCUCAAAGUAGUUUUGUUUAAUAUCAACUUAAGGUAAAGUGUUACCAAACUACUUUACACUAGUGGCCUUCAGAGCUGUAUAACAUUGCUUUACUCAUUCUAGUUUUCAAAAACGUACUUGUUAUUUAUAUUAUGAACUACACCACUUUUAACAUUUUGAUUCGAUGAUAUGAUAUGCAAAUGGAUAUUCUUACUUGAUUUUUCUUAUGUUGUUGUCUUUUCAAUUGCACCUGUUAAUA